CAACUGGCUAGGCUGACCGCCAUUAGCUUAUCAAAGCAAUUCUAUAACUGUGUAUUUAUAUCAAGCUGUCUCCCAGGGCGUCUAGAUUAGGUAUGAUAGAACAUCCACGUUGAUGACAUAAGUCUUGGGCUCCGAUCGCGGUCCCGCCUCCGCAAGAAAAAAGAGUCAGAGGGGGGGCAAGAAUUUCUUCAUUGGCCCUUCUUUCCCUCUCCCAAGCCAUUGACCUUUUUGGAUUUCACCUUUUCGGGUGAUUCUACAUCUGUCAAAAUCGUCAUGUCGGAAGAGCCCAUCACAAACGGGGUAGCGACGCCCGUCACCCCCAAGAUGAGUGGCUUGGCUUUGACCGAAUAUACCGCCGCUCCGACUCCCCCCUCCGAGCGCGCAGAGCGUAUUCCCGGAGUGCCUCCCAACUGGGGCAUUCCUAAUGCUUUCCUGCUGCCCAAUGGAUACCCCGAUUAUCUGCGAUUGAUCCUUACAUCUCGAGUCUACGAUGUUAUCGACGAGAGCCCUCUUCACCAUGCCGUCAACCUCAGCAACCGACUCGAGAGCCGAGUCUUGCUCAAGCGAGAGGACUUGCUGCCUGUCUUCAGCUUCAAGCUCCGCGGCGCUUACAACAAGAUGGCCCAUCUGAACCCAGAGCAGCGGUGGAAGGGUGUCAUUGCUUGCUCUGCCGGCAACCAUGCACAGGGUGUCGCUUAUUCUGCUCGCAAGCUGAGAAUCCCCGCUACCAUCGUUAUGCCCUCCGGUACCCCGGCCAUUAAGCACCUGAACGUUGCCCGCCUGGGUGGUAGCGUCGUUCUCCACGGAAAUGACUUUGAUGCCGCCAAGGACGAGGCCCACCGGUUGGAGAAGCAGCAUGGUCUGACCAACAUCCCGCCAUUCGAUGACCCGUACGUCAUUGCCGGUCAAGGUACCAUCGGUAUGGAGCUUUUGCGCCAGGCAAAUUUGGACAAGCUGGAGGCAGUGUUCUGCGGUGUUGGUGGUGGCGGUCUGAUUGCUGGUAUCGGUGUAUACCUUAAGCGCAUUGCACCUCACGUCAAGGUCAUUGGUGUUGAGGCUUAUGACGCCAAUGCCAUGGCCAAGUCAUUGGAUGAAGGUGAACGUGUCUUCCUCAAGGAGGUCGGUCUCUUCGCGGAUGGUGCUGCUGUGAAGUCCGUUGGUGAGGAGACCUGGAGGGUCAGCCGAGAGGUCAUUGAUGAGAUCAUCCAGGUCUCUACCGAUGAGAUCUGCGCUGCCAUCAAGGAUGUUUUUGAGGAUACCCGCUCCGUUAUCGAGCCCGCUGGCGCGCUCAGUCUUGCCGGUCUGAAGAAAUACAUCUCCAAGAACCCCAGCCCGGACACUGGCCGUGAGCUGAUUGCCAUCACCUCCGGUGCAAACAUGGACUUUGACCGUCUACGCUUUGUUGCCGAGCGCGCUGCUCUUGGGGAGAAGAAGGAGGCUCUUCUCAGCGUCAAGAUCCCCGAGAAACCCGGUGCAUUUGCUACACUUGUCGAAGUCAUCCUCCCCCACGCCGUGACCGCUUUCAGCUACCGCUAUGCUCAUGACGACUCGGCCGAUGUCCUCAUGGGCAUCUCUCUGUCUGCCCACACUGGCCGCGAUGACCUGGCCAAGAUCAUGGAGGAGUUGGAGAAGGCCGGCAUGACUACCCGUGACCUGAGCGAGGAUGAGCUUGCGAAGCGCCAUGUGCGGUUCAUGGUCGGUGGCCGCUCUAGCGUUGCCGACGAGCGUCUGUUCAUGUUCGAGUUCCCCGAGCGACCGGGUGCGCUGGCCAAGUUCUUGACUACCCUUCGCCCUAACCAGAACAUCUCUCUGUUCCACUACCGCAACUAUGGCGGCGACGUGGGCAAGGUUCUUGCAGCGAUCCAGUGCCCAGCUGCUGAGAAGGAUGAUCUCGAGUCUUUCCUUAAGGAUUUGGGCUAUCCUUUCAGUGAGCACACCGAUUCGCCUACCUAUCAGACCUUCCUCCGCCCUUGAUAAUGUCCUUGCAUUUUGUCGCAUAUGCCAAUGUCCAUAGUGCAGAUAUCCAGAUUGGGGUUUUGGUCGACGAUCAUGUUGCUUCAUUUCAUUUUUCUCUAUUUUAGCGGUUUAAAAGUGCAAGUCUUUUCUGAUGUGCUUUCAUUCCCCAAUUCGGCGUUUGGGUUUCAGUUCAGAAUAGACAAUUGGGAAAUCGGUUCCUACUUUACCAUGGCUUUUGUACAUCAAUAUGAAUCAUAUUCUACGAAAUAUCCGUCUGGCUACUUGAUCGGCAGGUUCUCUAUCCAGGAGAACAAAAUUCUGGACUUUAAUCAAG